AUGAGGCACAAGAUCAUCAACAAGAUUAUCAAGUUUAGCAUGAAGCAGGGACUCAAGGUGCUCGAUUUUCUUAGCAAGUUCGGUGUUAGUAGGCAUGGUGUGCAAGCAAAACCAGAAGGCAACACUUAUGACGAGCAGCGGCAUAGUGAUGACUCUGACCUGGAUUCAUCGAGCGACGAAGAGCCUGAAAACGCUGUUUUAGCCCGGACAACACCGCAAACUGACAGUGAGGAUGAAGAGGUCUCAGAAGCUCCAAGCGCGGGCAGUAUCGACAAUGCGUUUGGAGAAAUCCCCAAGCCUUCGAAAGAUUCUCCCACAUGGAAGGCUGUCCGAAGCUCUUCGAGUAAUGCCAUGCGUGAGUGGAAAGACGUACCACCCUACCCAUCCCCGGUGGAGUCUCCCAUCAACUAUUUGAGAAACUGCUUUGACGUGACAUUCCUGUCUCACAUCUGUGAGCAGUCCUCCCUGUAUAGCGCUCAGAGGAAUCCCAACAAAGUUACUUCAAUGACAGUCAAUGAUUUAGAGCAGUUCAUUGGUACAGUGCUCACUAUGUCGCUUAUAAAGCUGCCUCAAACACGCAUGUACUGGUCGCAGAGGUUCCGAGUCAGUCAAGUCGCCGACACCAUGACGAGAGACAGGUGGGAAGAAAUCAAGCAGUCACUGCAUUUUAGUGACAACCAGGAAGCACCAGACCAGAAUGACCCCGAACGUGAUAGGCUUUACAAAGUGCGGCCCCUGUUGGACCACCUGGUCGCCAAAUGCCACGAGAUACCAAAAUCUCAAAAGCUAUGCGUUGAUGAGCAGCUGGUGCCGUUCAAAGGCCGCAGCUCAUUGAAGCAGUAUUUGCUCAACAAGGCCAAAAAAUGGGGUUUCCUCAAGAAGGUUGGAAUCAGUUCCGUAGGGACAGUACGCGAGGCUCGCCUAAAAGGAGGCAAACUUCCAUCCGACAAAGAUCUGAAGAAGAAAGGGCGUGGCUCUUACGUGGAAAUGGCGACCACAUUUGAAGGGGUGAGCCUGAGGGCUGUCAAGUGGUUUAACAACCGCCUCGUCACUCUACUGUCCACGUUUGCUUCAGCGUCACCCGAGCCGGCCGUGAAGCGCUUCGACAAAAAGACCCGAACGACUGUGAGCGUACCCCGCCCUGCUAUUAUCGGCAUCUACAAUGAAUGCAUGGGAGGUGUUGAUCUUUUGGACAUGCUUGUGGCACUCUACCGCAUCCACGUAAGGUCAAAAAAGGUGUACAGGAGGCUCUUUUUUCAUUUAUUGGAUGUAGUAGUUGUCAACUGCUGGCUCCUCUACCUCCGAGAUGCCACCGCGGCUAACGUGCCUUGCAAGCACCAAAUGACCCUACUAACAUUCAAAGCAGACAUUGCCUGCGCGCUGAGGCAACAGGGAAAGGUAUCAACCCCUUCGAGGAAGUGA